AUGGAUCAUCAAACCAAGGUUGCCGUGCAGAAGAUUGUUGUCUCGCUCCAAUCGGUGCAUGAGAUCUUAGAGGAUAUCCUAUACAGAGCUUCUGAGGAGAAAGUAGAUAGGAUUUCUGAGAGACCAAAUAUUGAUCUGAAGGAUGGACUCAGAUACCUGGAAUUGGAGGCUCAUAACAUUCAUGAUCUGGCCAAGAAAGUCGAGAUCAAGCUCUCAGAAUGCAGGGAGAAGGAAAGGAAGGAGAAAAGCAGGAUGGAGAGUACGAUAUCAAGCUUAACAAAGGAGAACCAGGAUACACGCAUCAUGUUGGAAGUUGCAAUAGCUGAGAAGGAGGCUGCGGAGAAUAGCUUUCGUGCGUUGAAGGACGACAGUGAUCAGAGAAGAAGUGCAAUCCUGCAGAUUGCUGAGAAGGGAUUGCAGAAGGUUGGCUUUGGCUUCAUCAUGGAGGUGAUAAGCGGAGAUUCGGAAAGAGAAGAGAUUAGCAGCUGCAGUGCCAGUGCAGCAUCGAAUGAAAGAGAAAGUAAGCAGGAUAUUGACAGUCUGGCUUCAAUAGUUGGCACGACACUCAAGAACCUGCAUCAUGAGAUCAAUGAUCUCAGACAGGCCUUAAACGAGUCUAGGUCAGAUUGCGAUCAUUUGCAUCUCCAAGUUGCUGAACAGGCUCAGAAGAUAAUGAAACAGGAGUCACACAAACAGGACCUGAGAGAACGAGAAAUUUUCCUACUUCACAGUGUGGAAGAGCUCACUGCAGGGCUAAAAGAAGUGGAACGGGAGGCUACAAGAUGGAGAGAGGCAUGUGCUUUGGAGGUAGAAGCUGGAAAAGUUGCCAUCAAAGCACUAAACCAGGAGGUGACCUUGCUCAGAGAAGAGCUGCGAAGGGUAAAAGCAGACUUACAUGCUGCAAAUAGCAAGAUACAUCUAAAAGAGAAGUUAGCAGCAAGUGCAAUGGCAGCACAAGCUGCUGCAGAUGCAUGCCUUAAGCUUGCUGACAGUAGAUCUGCUGGGCUACAACAAAGAAUAGAAGAGUUGACAAGGCAGAUAGAGCAAGAAGAUGCACAUGUAAGAAAAGGGCGAGAGAGUGCUCGCAGAAGAAUACGAUAUGCCUGCUGGCCAUGGCAGCGACUCCAAGUCAUAUCAGCAUCCUCUCGUGCUAGGACAUGGUUUAUUGAUCAGAAUGGCAGAUUGUUACCAGGGACAGAAGCACUACUUCAAAUAAGGAUCUGACUAAGUUCUCACAAUUUGCUUAGACUCAUAUAUCCCUCCCUGUCCCCCUAUUUCAUCUAUGUAGGCAUGCGCCUAAGAUUUUUCAAUUAACUUCAUAAGGUCUUGUCACUGCUUACCGGAUCUAGCUUGUCUGGAUA